AAGAUGACAAACUGCUUAUGGAUCAAUUUAAAGCGCAUGUCGAUGAGGAACAGUACUUGCAUACUGAAGAAGAGCCCAGAUUUCGAGGCGCCGCUAUUCCAUCGAAAGCAUUCAGAGUUUUGCAGUGCAUGACGGGCACCCAAGCAGAUGCUUGUCAGGAUGAAGGACCUAAAGGGCAGACACGUCCUGUUAAGCCACCAAAACCACAAGGAGUGGAUCCGACUUCGCCAAAGCCCUACAUACCACCGAGCGAACAGAAGGUACUAGAACCUAGAAAAUAUACUGGAUGCAACAUACCUGGACGCUCAUUUAAAAUUUUGCAAGCCAUUACUGAGCCCGAAAACUACG